AUGGCGGUUUGCUGCGUAUGCAGUUUUGAUGUUCUAAAGAAGAUUUGCAUUGAUCAACCGAAAAGGCUACCUCGAAUAACAGCAGAGCAGAAGUCGUGCCGCAUAAGAAAGUUGUUUCUGCAUGUAAAGUUUCCGGUGGCACCUCAACCAAAACAACGAACAUGACUUCGCUCGCAGCAUGCAGCAGUAGCGAUGUUAUCUAUCUUAGUGUUGACGGGGAUAGCAGCUUUCAAACCGUACUUUCCAAAGAGCACACAGCAGUUGUUUCUGAAAAAUCGGAUACAGCAAAGAAUGCACCGUCUGCUGCAUCCAAAGAUCAGGCGUGUCCGGACACGAACAAGGAUAUGUCGAUUGAGGCUCAAGAAAUUUCGGAUGAUGAUUUAAACAAUGAAAUUCAAAUGUUUUUACAGCAGACCAUGGACAGUUUUCAAAAAGAAGGUGAAAAAACGAGAAAAACAAGCAAUUCCAAAAGACAGAAGAGAAAGGAGGUCGAGCUAGAAACAAUCCGAGAAACCAUCAGACAGGAGCUACGAAUCCAUCUAAAGUAUCUCAAGUCGCUUACUAGACGGCGCAAGUAUCGGUCGCCAGUUUCGCAACCUCGUCGAAUUAUUAAAAAGGUUAGCGUUCGAAAACGUAAACCAAUGGAAAACAAGGCUACACAGAUCGAUGGUCCUUUGACUGUGGAUAUUUAGAAUUCGAAAUACCAGAUACACCUCAGCUGUCUAUCAGUGGCACGGUGUAGCAACACAACAAACUGGAGAGUUCUGCAACGCCGACGCGACGAACUAUGUAUUCGUAGGCGAAGUGCAAAUGGGGUAAUUAUUUGAAGGGAACUUUUUUCGGAACC